AUGGCAGUAGCUCUUGUCUCAGUUCCAACAGCUCACCAAACCCUUUGCACUCAACGCUCAUUUACUAACAGCAACUCAUCGUUUCACAGCUAUACAACAACUCUCAUCAAGUACUCAUCUAAGCCCAUCAUCAUCCCUCUUUGUUCUUCCUCUACUUCUUCAACUUCUGUUGUAGAGGAUGCUCCCCCUCCUCCUUCAUCAGAUGCUCUUCCUGCCACCGAAGGUGUUGACAAGCUCCCUCUUAGUGGUUGUAAGGGAUGUGGGAGAGAGGAAAUAGAGAAGGGAUGCAAUGGAGAGGGAAGAAUUCAAGGUGGGAUAGCAACCAUUCCUGGGUUCGGUUGGUGGCCGAUAAAGGCUUACAGACCCUGUCCCGGAUUUUUAGCUUCUGGUGGCAGGUAUAGGCGACAAGGCCAAAGCAUGGAUGAGGUUGCCUUUGGAAGGGGGCAGAAAGAAACAACUAGGGAUCAUCUCAUUUCUCUCCAAAUCUCUUCUACAUCUGCACAAAAUGAAAACAGGGAGAUGGCAACUUAA